UCUGAAUAUAUUAGCAAUAUAAUGUUUGCAGCAGAAGCAGCUGCUCGUCCAGCUUCCAGACCGGCGGCAGCAAAGCCAUGCAGCUCCUCCCGCCGGCAUGUCCAUUUCUUGGAAAUUCUAACGGCGGCGAUUCUGCUACCAGUGGCAGUCAUUGCUGCCGGCCAGACAGUCGAGUACUUGCCUGGCUACGCCGGCCGACUUCCCUUUCACCUUCAAACUGGAUACAUCAGUGUUGGUGACUCCGAGUUAUUCUACUACUUCAUUGAGUCGCAAGGCGAUCCCCUAGAAGACCCUUUGAUUCUUUGGCUCACGGGUGGCCCGGGCUGUUCUUCCUUCAGCGGACUUGUCUAUGAAACUGGGCCAUUGGAGUUCGUGAUAGAGAAUUAUACCGGGGGCUUGCCACAGCUGAGACAUUAUCCGUACGCCUGGACAAAAGUGAAUAUUAUUAUUAUUAUACUAACUUCCAACUCCUUCUACCUUCACUUAAGCGAUAUUAUAUAAGCGCGCGCACGUAUAUACAUAUAUAUAUAUA